AUGGAUCGUCAGAGGAAGCGGGAUCUCCGCCUCCAAAAUGAGAGAGUAUGGGCCGGCGAGAGUGAUGUCUUUCCGGUCAGCAAAUCCCUCGAUUCGGCCUUGAAAAAGAAUACCGCUUUCAUCAAGCGCCUCCGCACCGGAAUCAACGCCGCUGCCCAACAAACCUUCCUAACCGAUAUCCGCACCCUCUCGCUGCACAAAUACCUGUCGGAAAUUAUCUCCGCCUGCUAUGAAGGUCUCUGCAAGCUCAAAUCGCCCGGCGAAAUUGCUACAGGUGUCGAAAUCACUAGUGCCUUGCACCAGCGCUUCGGACCUGCCGAAUUCACCCGCCAGAUCGGAUGGCUGCUAGGGCGGGGCCUGAGUACCCCGGAUAGAGGACAGCUGAAGGCGCUCAGCCAGGAGUUGCGCGAGCGCGAGGAAAAGGAACGGUUGUCUCGCCAUCGGGUGUUGUUGAGGGUUGUUACGGAGUUGUGGCUGGUGGGGGUGUUGAAGACACUGGAUGAUAUUGAGAAGCCGGAUGAUGUGGGCGCGAAGGGCAAGGAUGGAGUUGUUGGUAUUGGCGGAAAGGCGACAGAUGGGCCGGUGAGAAGAGCGCCGCCGUCUGCUGGUAAAGAUGGUGAGAGGGAGCCCGAGCCGUUUCCUUUGGAGGUGUUGAAGGACCUGCUUGGACAUGAUCGCGACCAUUCAAAUUUGCCACUGGCUGUGCUGUUUGUUAAGAGCUUCAGUUGGGAUGUGCUGGGCGUGAAGAUGGUCGAGGAGGGUAGGAAGACUGUCGAGGCUGAUGGUGCUACAACUACUGUUAAUGGCGAUGUGGAGGCGGAUGCAACAACAGCCCCGGAGGGUGAUGACCCGCCGCUCACUUCGGAGAAGACUCAGCUUCGGUUCAAGCAUAUCCUGAAUCGAUACCUGGAGGAUGUCAAGACACAUGUUGUUCGCGAUCAGAGAGCGUUGGCCGCCCAGAGCCGUCGCAAUGCCGAAGCAUACGUGAAGAGUGGCGAAAUCUUCGAAGACCGCCAGGCCAACUUUGAGAAGCAGACGAAGUCACUGGAGAAACUGGUUACCAACACUCAGGUCCUGUGUGAGGUUCUGGGCGUGGAAAUGCCAGCUUUGGCCGAGAAGGAAGCCGCUGAUGCUGGAGCGGGCGGUGGUAUCGGCCUGGUGAAGGCUAGCGAGUACUUGCGUGGCCAAGGAGAGGGCGCCGGUAUCUGGGAAGACGAAGAGGAACGGCGCUUCUACGAGAAUCUGGUCGAUCUUAAGGGUAAAGUGCCGGCUGUACUGUUGGAGGAUGGCAAGAAGAAGAAGGCGGAGGAUGAGGCCGGAAAGAAGAAAGAAGAAGACGGCACAGAAACGGAGAAGACUGAAGCUGGUCAAGCGCAGUCAGCCGAGGAGAAGGCUGCAGCAGAUGCCGAUGACCAGUCUACUGCUAUCGCAAGCAAGACUGUCGGCGCCCAGGUGGAUGCGCUUCUGGCUAAGCUGCCCGAUCUGCAGACUAAGGACCAGGUUGACCAGCUGGCGCUAGACUUCUGCUUCCUGAACUCAAAGGCGUCUCGUAACAGGCUCAUCAAGGCAGUUUCCGAUGUCCCCAAGGGCCGCAUCGAUCUUCUUCCUUUGUACUCUCGUCUGGUUGCAACGCUAGGACAGUACAUGCCUGAUAUUCCCCAGGGAAUCACCAACUAUCUGGAUGAGGAGUUCCGAAGCCUCCAGCGCCGGAAGUCAAAGGAGUUCCUGGGCCAGGUUCGGAUGAGCAAUGUCCGUUAUUUGGCCGAACUGACCAAGUUUGGUGUAGUUCCGGAGCAUAUCAUCUUCCACUGCUUCAAGGUUUCACUGGAUGACUUUUCGCGCAUGAACAUUGAGAUCAUCGGGCAUCUCCUAGAGAACUGUGGACGCUAUCUGCUUCGGAACCCUGACACGUCCCCGAGGAUGGCUUCCUUCCUGGAGACUCUAGGAAGGAAGAAGACUGUCCAGCAUCUGGGUCAGCAGGAACGGAUGAUCAUUGAGAAUGCAGUCUACUACGUUGAUCCGCCACCGCGACCUGCCAUUCAGCAGAAGGAGCGCACCCCUAUGGAGUCUUACAUUCGGAGACUGGUCUACCUGGAUAUGAACAAGCGCAACUACACCAAGAUUUUGAAGUCGAUCCGCAAGCUUCAUUGGGAGGAACAAGAUGUGGUCGAUAUUUUGGAGCGCGUCUUCAGCAAACCGGUGAAGGUCAAAUAUGGCAACAUCCACCUUCUCGCGAUCCUCGUCAGUGCCCUUUAUAGAUAUCACCAGGAUUUCGUCAUCGGCGUUGUGGACAACAUCCUCGAGCAGAUCACGCUGGGUCUGGAGCAGAACGAUUUCAAGUUCAAUCAGAAGCGAAUCGCUGAAGUCAAGUACCUCGGAGAGCUCUACAACUACAAGAUGAUUGACUCGCCGGUGAUCUUUGACACCUUGUAUCGCAUAAUUACUUUUGGUCAUGAGGGUGGUACGCCCAUGCCUGGAAGGAUCAACCCGCUUGACCUGCCUGAUGACUUCUUCCGUGUCCGUCUGGUCUGCACUCUUCUCGACACCUGCGGCCACUGCUUUGAUCGGGGCUCGGCCAAAAAGAAGCUUGACUUCUUCUUGACCUUCUUCCAGUACUACAUGCAUACGAAGGAUCCCCUGCCAAUGGACGUUGAUUUUCUAGUCCAGGAUACCUUCUCCAUGACUCGUCCUCAAUGGAAGCUAGCAGCUGAUCUGGCCGAGGCUACUCAGAUCUUCAGCGAAGCUGUGGCGCAGAACUUCAAGACGCAGGAUGCAGAGAGACCCGCUGAGCCUGAUGAGGACGAUGCGGAGAGCAGCUCGUCAGACGAGGGUCUGGAGGAGGACGUAAUGCUCGAGGAAGAGGACCAGGAGUCGAGCGACGAGGCUGAGGUGUCCGGUCCGAACGCCGAACAAAACGGCGACAGUGAGUCUGAAGACGAAGAGAUCUUCGUGACUCGACAGGAAGAGGAACGCGACCCAGAAGCGGAAGCCGAAUUUGACCGCGAAUUCGAGAAGAUGAUGGCGGAGAGCAUGGAAUCCCGGAAAUUCGAACGCAAGGGUGUGUUUGACAUACCUUUGCCGAUGAAGCGGUCUGGACGUGAGGCAGCGCUUGAGACGCCCCCGCCAGAGGCACCCAAGCCCACGAACAACACCAUGGCGUUCUCAUUGAUGACGAAGAAGGGGAACAAGCAGCAGACCCGCACGAUCGACCUGCCCUCCGACUCCAGCUUCGCCGUGGCAAUGCGAAGCCAGCAGCAAGCCGACCGCGAGGAACAGCAACGGAUCAAGAACCUGGUCCUCAACUACGAAAUGACCAAUGAAGCGGAGACCAACACUGAUGCCGCAGAGAAGCGUUCCCCCCAUCGCGACACCAGAAUGGACAAAUCAAGCGCGGCCAGGGCGGCUUUCCGAUCCCGGAAACUCCAACUGAGCGACGUAAACUGGUAG